UCCACUUCUACACUACCUGUGCCACUGUAAGAGGGGUUUGUGUUGUAUUUUACCAUAUGUGAGAGAAUCCACUGUCGUAUAUUGCACAGUCGUCUUAAAGCGUGAGUGUUUUUGCACUUUUGGUAUUCCUUCGUUUAAAGUGCAAGUUUACGCUAUGUCUGGACACGGCCAUGGCGGUGGACACAGUCACGGUUGCUGUGAAUGCGAUCACGAGCCAGCUGAGCGAGGAGUGGAAUAUGAGCUGUACAGACGCAUUGAUAUAGAGAAGCUUCAGUGCUUGAAUGAGAGCCGAGACGGAGACGGUAAACUGGUGUUCAAGCCUUGGGAUCAACGCACUGACAGGGAGAAGUUUGUUGAAAGUGAUGCUGACGAGGAACUUCUGUUCAAUAUACCGUUUACAGGCAGUGUGAAGCUGAAGGGAAUCAUUAUUGCUGGGGAAGAUGAUGAGUCACACCCUGCUGAAAUGAGACUGUACAAGAACAUACCCCAUAUGUCAUUUGAUGACACGAGCAGAGAGCCAGAACAAGCGUUUCGCCUAAACAGGGAUCCACUGGCUGAACUUGAGUAUCCAACCAAGAUUGCCAGAUUCUCCAAUGUGCAGCACUUAUCUAUUCACAUAUCUCGGAACUUUGGGGCAGAAUCCACUCGUGUGUAUUACAUUGGGCUACGGGGAGAGUACAAAGAGGCCCACAGGCAUGAGAUUACAAUUUGUAACUAUGAGGCUGCAGCCAACCCAGCAGAUCACAAAGUGGAGAACAUUACUCCGCAGCCACAGUUCAUAUCAUGACAAAUUAAGGAGAGAAUCUCGGGCUUACAGUGUGAAAUAGUAAAAGUGUCCAUGAGUUUUGAUAAUAGUAACACGUUGAACACGUUGAGAGAGAGGCUGUAUGUUCUUUGAUGUGUUUAACAAGUAUUUGUUCACCUGCAAUUAUGCUAAUGUGCCAAUAAACAUUAAUAUAUACUCUAUGUAUAUAUAUGUAUUAUUUAUUU